AUGUCUCAUCUCUGGAAAAGUAUCAUACGGCACAAACGAUCUGUCAUGUUCGAGGUCUGGCUCCCGGACGUAGCUGACUACACCGGCCGAUUCGUUGUCGUUUUUGAAUUGCAUGCUCACAUUGCACCCAGGGAACGGGGGUUGCAGUCGGAGAUGAUAGACAAAGUCAACAGCGGUUAUGCUGUAGCUGGAGGUGAUUCCGGGCAUCGGGCAUCGGAGAAUAAUGACGGGGCUGGAGAGCCGGGGGUACGCAUAUCCUAUAUGCAUGACGCCGAUCAAGUCAACACCUGGAUACACAAGUCGAUUGCGUAUUUCACACCGGCUGCCAGGUCUCUCAUCGAAGCGUUUUACCGCCAAAAAACGAAACGUAGCUACUAUAUUAGUUGCUCUACUGGUGGUGCCCAGGGAUUUGCCUUGGCUCAGUUUCAUCCUGAGCUCUUUGAUGGCAUUGUGGCUGGGUGUCCAGGGAACUGGUACUCUCACCUCGCCCUGUCGUUCUUGUGGAACUCGCAACAAACUCAGGGAUUGUCUUUCUUGCCUCAAGAAACUCUGGACCUGAUCACCCGGACGGCCCUAUCAGAGUGUGACACUCUGGACGGCGUCGAAGAUGGAGUCAUCGAGAACCCCCUGAUCUGCGACUUCGAUAUCGCUUCGCUGGAAUGCUCUUCUUCGACCAAUUCACCCACGUGUCUGACCCAAGCGCAAAUAGCCGCAGCCAAGAAGAUAUAUGCCGGGCCUCGCUCUGCCACCACCAACACGAGCUUGUAUCCCGGAUUCUCCGUGGGAAGCGAGAUUGAAUGGAUGUAUCAAGAGGCAACUCUCGCAGAUGCCUUCGCCGUCCCCAUCCUCCAGAAUAUGGUCUUCGACAACUUGACGUACGAUGCCGAUACUUUCAACUGGGGCACUGAUGUGGAUGCUCUGGAUGAGAAAGUGGGCACUUACAUCGAUGAGAUCAGUCCAGAUUUAUCGGCCUUCAAGGCUGCUGGAGGAAAGAUGCUCGUCUUGCAAUCCUGGGCCGACCCCUACAAUGCCGCAACAUGGCCAAUCCAGCACUUGGGACAGCUCGAGCAAUUUUUUGCCGGAGAUGUCGGUGAUUGGUUCAGGUUAUUCAUGGUACCUGGCGGUAGACACUGCGGUGCAGCCACCAAUUAUCCCCAAGUCCCGGCGAAGUGGCACUCGCUGGAAUCGCUAGUCCAAUGGAUUGAGACUGCAGAGGUGCCUACAGAAAUGCUGAGCAGCGACCCAACGAAUGAGAGCCUGAGCAAGAAGACGAGAAAGUUGUGUCCUUGGCCGAAAACGGCCAAAUACCUCGGGGGUGAUAGUAAUGACUGGACUUCGUUUGAGUGUGGUGUUUAA